AAGGAUACACAUAAAUACUUCAUUUCUCUCUUGGAGGCAAACACUGAAGGAGAAUGUGUGUUUGCAUGUAAAAGCUGAACCACACUUCCUGUUUGUAAGAAAGAAGGUGAAUAAAACAGACUGGAGGGAUUUGAGAUCAACAGCAACUCUAAAGACAGGUUCCUGCUGCCAGGUUCAAAACAAAAGGGUUUCCAGCAUCUGCCAACACAGCUGGAUUUCCUGUUGGAUAGAGGGGAGAGGAGUAUUCCUAGAAACAUCAAAACUAGUUACAGGAAUGGAAUGCCAUUUUUCUAUCUGGGGAGUUUUGGCCUUUCUGAGUUUGGCUCUACUUCUUUCAUUGACACUGAAUAUUUCCCAUUGUAUGAAAAAGAGGCAAGCUAAAAUGCAUAAAGUCUAUGAAGAGAACAAUCCAAGCUAUGAUGGCUAUCACUCAGAAGAUUAUCCAGUUUAUGGCAAUCUCAAUCAAGAUACUUUAGAAGAAUGUUGUUACGAGCAGAUGAAGUCCCAACCUCAAAGACCAGUUAACCAGCUACAGGUGGAGCCUGCCAACCAGAUGUGUUAUGCCUCACUUAAUCACAGUGUCAAGGGAAAAUGCAGAAAACCAAGGAGAAAGAAAGAUCCUUCAUUAGAGGAGGAUGAAGAAAGAUCUAACCCCGUGGUGGCUUCCAAAGUUAGCAUUUACCUCAACAGUGAGCAGCUGGCUGCCGAAAACACGGCAAAAGUAGAAGCCAUUCAUGAUGAUCCCAUCAGAUUAAUGGGCUUGAUUCAUAAAGCAAAAGGGGAGAACUGA